AUGGAGACAGGAGGGAGGAGGAGAGUUGAAGGAGAACAAGAAUUUUUCAGCUCUUUCUGGGGAGGAAGAAACUUGAAAAGAAGGGAGGACGCCGGCUGCCAGGACUACCCAGCGAUCCUUUUGACCGCUCAAGCUGAGUUGCCGAGCCACUGCCCCGGCCGGUCUUCUUCUUCUUCCACUGCAGCUCGCAGAAGCUACCAGUGCCCUCUACUCAUUGCCACUCGGUGGACUCGAAUUGACUCGACCGCAUUCGCCGCUGGAGGUUCCCCGGAUUGGGUCCGACUAAGUCUUACGUCAUCCGUUCGCACCCUCCGAAAUCGUCCAAAGGCAGUGAAGGGCGGAUCAGUUGAGAGGGAAAGCGACGUGGGAGCAGAGCAGAGCAGACAGAGAGAGAGGGAGAGGAGGUGUCUGGUGCUGGUGGUGUGCUCUCUACUUUACACUACUUUACUCGAACAAGCUCUAGCUUUCAACUUCCACUCUCAGGCUAGACCCUGUUGUCAAUACCCUGCGACACCGGCCUCCUUUUCAGCUGUUUCCCUUCCCAUUACUUCUUUUCUUUUUCGCCGUCGCUAUUACUCGCCAUCGACUCUUCUGUUCCCUAUGUGUUGUCCGUCCUCUUUUUUCCGCAACAUCGGAGCUCCGCCAUAG